CCUGAAGUGGCUAAUUAAUCAAUCAACCUCGUUAACCCGCGGCCCUGCAGUUGCCCGUCUCCGGACUCUGUGUGGCUUAAUUGAUUAUUAACGCAAUUGGUUUGGUCUUCACGUUGCCUCGGCAUGGAUGAAGGGUGCGACUUGGCCGAAGCGUUUGACUGCCCGAGCCUUCUGUGUGAAGAACUGGAAGAUUUAGAAACUAGAAACUCCCAAGACAAGAUAAGUGAGAAGAGGACAGAAGAUGAAAAAGAGUUUGGUCAAGGGCAUGACGAAGAGGAUGGGGAGGAUACCAAAUGGAAAAAGAGAAGCAGUGAAGAAGUGGGAAGUGAAAAUAAGGUUAUUGGAUCAGAAGAACCAACUGCAGCACAGAAAGAAGAGGAGGCGCUCUGGCAGGUGAAGCCUGAUGGUGGGCUGGAGCCGAAGGAGGCUGUGCAAAUGAACAAUCUCAAAAUCACAAAGGAAACAAAUCCCGAUAAGGAGACUGAAGAGAAAAAAUGUCCAAAAGGGAGAAAAAGACGUAGCAAAAGGCAAAGUGAGCAUGGCAGAAACAAAAGAGGCACGAAGGAUGCUAAGAAGUUGGAGGAGGAAAAAAGGCAAAUGCAAGAAAUGCUGUUGACAUGCUCAGAAGAGAGCUUGGCUCUGCUGGAGCCCUCAGAUGCUCAGAUGAACAGUUAUGACUUGACUGAACCCGUAUACCUGAACUUUGGGGGAACAGGGCCGUAUUGCCCCCAACCCCCUGUACCUCUGCUACACCCAUCUCAGGCUUCAGUUCCCAUGCAGCCUGCAGCUCCUCAGCCUCAAGGAACAAUAGGGAGUCACUGCUCCCCACUUUCACACAGCUUCCCCCAGCAUGGCUCCCAGCCUCUGGAGGUGGACAUUGGUCAUGUCUACUCCACCCGACGCUCCAUUCGCUACAGUGCCAGGGGGAGAAACCAGGUCAUCAGUUUCCCUCUGCUGCCAGGGCUGGAGCAUGUGGAGAGCUGCCUGCUGCCACCAGCACCAAAAAAGAAAACCCGAACGUUUUACAGCACGGACCAGUUGGAGCAUUUGGAAGCCUUGUUCCAGGAGGAUCACUAUCCUGAUGCUGAGAAGAGGAAACUUAUUGCUGCUUCAGUUGGUGUCACUCCCCAAAGAAUAAUGGUGUGGUUUCAGAACCGCAGAGCUAAGUGGAGAAAAGUGCGCUCACUUAAAGCAAAGACUGAUUCUACACAGAGCAGAGCUGAAUACAGCAUUAGCAGUCCUAAUCACAAAAUCAAUCCUGUUCUGACAUCUAGCAGGAAGGGGGCUCCUUUUUCUGAGCACUUUGAUGCAACUAUAGCUCAGAUGGCCCCCACAGCUUCUUUUUCAACUUUGUCAAGUCAGGCACCACUGCAGUACAGCAGCCUGCUGGCCAGCCUCAACAGUCCAGGUCAAUGCAGAGGGAGAGAAAUGGGCCAGCAACAGUUCCCAUCUCAGGGGGGUUUGCCAAAGUGUCACCCGCGUCCGAUGCACAGUCCGCCUCCCCUCCGCCGAGCCACCCUCCCUCUCAUGACGACAACCUACACCCCUGUUAGCCCCACGUCAUCUCUCCUGAGCACUCCUGCUCACACACCACCUUUAUUUGAAAUGCUGGAGGGGGGCUCCACUAUGGUGCACCAUGACCCACAGUUUCUACAGGGGGACACAAGUUCAGUGUUUGACCUCACAGACAAGCUUGACUACCCGACGCUCAGCCAGCAGCACAACGGCUUAUCUUACCAGACUUCCUACCCCACAAACCAGUACCAGCCUCAAGUCUCUGUUUCACACAUGUCCUACCUCACUCCAUCUCCUUAUCUCACCCCCAACCCUCCAGAUUCUAAUCCCACCUCCUAUCUGACCUUUUGUCCUGGAAACUCCUCUGGGGUUGUGACUUACUCCACAGAUGGUCACAGCUACUACCAGAAUCAGAGCUCUGGACAAAUUCUACUGCAGCCAACCUGUUUCAGUGGGGGCCCCACAGCGUAUCAGUCCUACCCAUGGAGUAACAUGUACAACCAGCCGGUCGUGCACCAGCAUGCUCAGUGCCCUCCCACAUACCUUGCCAGUUUGGGAUCUUCCCAACAGGCCUCAUCAAAUACCAGCCUUCCUCUGCAAUCAUUCUUGCCAGGAGGAGACCAUGAGCCUUCAUUUGUGUCCCAGAUGCAGACACACACUGCCACUAGCACCACCACCACUGUCCUCCCACCCAUCUCAACUCUGCAGCCCUCCUGCCUCACAGCAGAGAGUACUCCAACCAGAGUUUCUAUACCUCUGCCUUCCCAGGUUAGUUCCACAUCCCCAGAAAGCCCUCCAGUGCCCUCUGCUGUCAAAAUUGAGUAUGACAGCCCCCAAGAAAUCCACAGCCACUUCCACUGCGACUUCUCCCCAAUACAUUUUUGAUUGUAUUUUUGUUUGUAUUGUUAAUAUUGUGAUGUUCUUUGUGUAAAUGUUGGUUAGAAAGCCUUACUGGCAAAAGCUCUGCUGCAAUAAAUGCUCAUUGCUUUGUUUUCCUACCACAAGUUAUGUCAUUCCAAUGUAACACCUUUUACUAUACUAAUUGUUUGAAUGGACGGCGUUGUGGACACCACUGUCACUCCACACUCAAGUGAUCCCAGACCAAAGCUGGAGGUGCAUUCGUGAGAAGGGCUACAACAUCUCUGACACAAAAGUUCUGCUCCACUGGAUCUAGCAUCAAAUUUAUGCUAAAAUCCUAAGGUUCAGAGCAUAGUCUUGACAGUUAAACAUCUCUAAAUAAGGUGCUAGAAGGUAGUUGAUUCCAAAAACUAGUCCAACAAACCAUAAAUCUGGCAAUAAAGGUCUCAUCUGUGUCUCCA